ACAAUAAAAUGGGGGUGGUGCAUUUUCAGAAAUCAAAGUGAGUAGAGGGGCUGUGAUGCUACAGCACUCUUGUGUGGUCCCUGCUUCUCUCUCUCUCUCUCUCUCUCUCUCUCUCUCUCUCUCUCUCUCCCCUGGCUCUUCCUCCUUCUCUCACAUUUUCUCUUCCCUCUUUUGUGGCUCUAAGCCUAUGAGCUGGCGUGGGCACUUCCUUACUACACACCCAAUGGGGCUUUAAAAAGGCAGGGCCGGAGGUCUUAGCAGUCACACACACUCUCCCUGUCUCUUUUGGUCUUGGUGUGCUACUUGGUGUGCCUCUCUAGCCUCCAGGUUGCUUGGAUUAGAGAUGCAGACGCCACAUUGCAGGACCCCCAAUCUCCUGCUCAUCCUUCUGGGCCCCGUACUGUUGGCUGUGAGCCGGGCCGCUAUGAAGAGCCAAGAAGUGCUGUAUGAACUUGAGAGGGAACCAGCCUAUUGGGAUGCUCAGGCUAAGGCAACACUGGAUGCUGCGCUGAAACUCCGCCCUCGGGAGCACCAAGCCAAGAACAUCAUCCUGUUCCUUGGCGAUGGGAUGGGUGUGUCCACGGUGUCAGCAGCUCGAAUCCUGCGAGGUCAGAUGGAGGGCGGAUCAGGGGAGGAGACAAUGCUGGCCAUGGACACCUUCCCAUAUGUGGCCCUGUCAAAGACAUACAGUGUGGACAAGCAAGUAGCAGACAGUGCUAGCACAGCCACAGCCUACCACUGUGGGGUGAAGGCCAAUGCUAAGACAGUGGGGCUUAGUGCCAACGCUGUAGCCUACGAGUGUAACACCACCUUUGGUAAUGAAGUCUACUCAGUACUACGGCGUGCUAAAGCACAAGGUAAAUCAGUUGGUGUAGUGACCACCACCCGUGUCCAGCAUGCCUCCCCAGCCGCUGCUUAUGCCCACUCUGUCAGCCGCAGUUGGUACAGUGACGCAGAUCUUCCUUCCAGCGCCCGCCAACAGGGCUGCGUCGACAUUGCAACCCAACUGGUCACCAAUGUUGACAUUGAUGUUAUUCUGGGUGGAGGGAGGAUGUAUAUGACCCCAAAAGGCACCCCAGACCCCGAGUACCCUACCUCCAACUCUCGCAAGGGGGACCGCAAAGACAAGAGGAACCUCAUUGACGUGUGGCUGAAGGCUAAACCAAACAAGAAGUCACACUAUGUUUGGCACAGAAAGGAGUUUGAUGAGCUUAAUAUUAAAGCAACUGACCGGCUCAUGGGUCUGUUUGAGCCAAAGGACAUGCGGUUUGAAGUUUUCCGGAACCGCACACGUGACCCCUCAAUUGUGGAGAUGACAGAGAAGGCCAUACAAAUCCUCAGCAAGAAUCCCAAAGGAUACUUCCUGUUUGUGGAAGGAGGGAGAAUUGAUCAUGGUCACCAUGAUGGCAUUGCCAGACUGGCACUGACAGAAGUUGUGAUGUUCGACCAAGCCAUUCAGCGUGCUGCACAGCUGACCAGGGAAUCCGAUACUCUAACUGUGGUCACUGCUGACCACUCCCAUGUCUUCACAUUUGGUGGUAACACACCACGAGGGAAUCCAAUCUUUGGUCUAGCACCAAAGAAAGCCGAUGACAAAAUGCCUUUCACCAGUAUCCUGUACGCCAACGGCCCUGGUUAUGUCCAUAUAAAUGGAACCAGAGGGAACAUCACAAUGGUGGAUUAUUACGAUGAGGAGUACAUGCAGCAGGCUGCCGUCCCAUUGGAUUCUGAGACGCACGGCGGGGAGGAUGUGGCCAUCUAUGCCAAAGGCCCAAUGGCUCACCUGUUCCAUGGGGUGAAAGAGCAGAACUACGUGGCACACGUCAUGGCCUACGCUGCCUGCUUAGAGCCCUACACAAACUGCCCUCCUCACCCUCACAGUCAUACCUCGAGCGGCAGUGUAAACACAACCUCAAGCCUCAUAUUUGGCCUGCUUAGCCUCCUCUGGUUACUCAAAUGACCCCAAAACACACACACACACUUACACAAACAUAUUGUAUGCAUGCAGCAAAAGAGACACUUGAUGCACUAAACAUUCAUAGAGUGCACGCACACAAUCACUGUAUGCACAGCACACAGGCUGGCAAAUCAGAAUGCAGGGAUACACGUAUCCAGUACUGUAUAUGUUAACAAAAAUAUGCUACAUCCUGAUCACACAAUGUACAUUCACACUAUCUUGUAACUAGAGUGCAUCCAAAAUGCCAUCAUAAACAUGCAUGUAGUACCUCUCAUUCAAAUACAAACUAAAAAAUAGGCAUACAUUGCAGGCUGGAACACAAACAAAUAUGCAAACAUAAAUUCACACGCAAGCAGCUCUUUCAGAAACACUACAUGCAACUGUUGCCAUUGUAGAGCCAUCUAUUUCAACGACUAUUUCAGAACUUUUCUUGUAUCAUGACUACUAACUUGCACUAACUAAAUCUUUUAUUAGUUAGAAAGUUGUCCUCUUCUUGUUUUUCAAAGUUCAAUACAAACUCUGUUAGCACUCUUGCUUAGCGGUAUUAAACAUUUGCAAGGAGCUGAAAUUUACUAUUUACACAUCAAUCUGAGGCUUUACCCAGAAUAACUUGAAACAGGCAAGCAGGCCGAGGGAUCACUGUUCAGCUUGUGGACAUUUAGACAAUACACACAGCUGUUGAUGUACUGUACAUGAUCGUCGUUUUCCAGAUUGUGACGGUAGCAGUAACCUGGACUGCAAGCCAUCGUGCCGUGCCACGCUGCAAAACCAAAAGACCUUACAAGAAAAUGCUGUACCUCUUUCAGGAGUGAAACACAUGUAGCUUUAUGUUUGUUCGUUUUCAUCAAGUUUGUAUCUUCACCUUAUGGCUCCAAAUAGUACUGUAAUCUGUUUUCUGUCAGAUCACUUGAUUUGUAAUCUAUUUCGAUUGUACGGUACAUGAAUGUAUUUUGUAAGCAAAUAUUUUGUCAAUGUAUUUUUAUACUGUGUUUUUGCAAAUGUUACUUAAAUAAUGGUGAAAAACUUUUCUUGCUGAGUCCCAAUUCAUUUAAUAACAGAUAUUUUAGGUAACACCUUAUUUUUAUGGGUCCCUUAGUUUUAUAAAGAUUUCCUAGAGCAACUGAUAUCUGGGACUUUUUCAGAAAAGGGUUUGCUGAUUUUUAUAAAAAGAAACAUUUAAAAAAGAAUGAAAAAGGCUUGGCACAAUUUCAAAAUGCGACUUUUUCUUUGAGCCCUGCCCAUCUGUCA